AUGAUACUAAUUACGGGAUACUGUCUUCUGGUCUAUAGUAUUAUUUUACCAGUACUGAUAUCGGCCAUCAAAUCAUGUGAUUUGGCUGAGUUGCAACAACUGAACAAGAACCUGAAAGUAGACACUGAGUCCUUGACAAAAUAUCAAUGGAUCGCGGGACAAUUAGAACAAAAUUGCAUGACAACGGAACUAGAAAGUGAGGAUAUGACAGAUGUCAUUCGACUGGCUAACCAAAUAUACUACAAGAUUGGGCUGAUCCAAAUGUCUAAUGACCAACACCUGAAGGCCAUUGACAUAUUCGAAAAAAUUGUUUCCAAUGAAACUUAUACAGAUUCCUUUGGGAAGCUGGCCGAGAAAAGGCUGCAAGAGAUGUAUAAGGAUUUUGGUCUGUGGGAUGAGGUGCGUCAAAAGGAUGAACACUAUACAAAAUACCUCUCUUUGAAUGAGACUAUCGGAAAGAAAAUACUAUCAAAAGAUGUUUCCGUGGAGGAGGAUCUUUCGGAGCUACUUCGCAUAACGCCGUAUGAUAGAAACAUCCUUUCCACUCAUAUUGAUGUUCUUUUCCACAAGAUGGUCGAGGAGAUUGAUGUUUCACUAGCAGCUGCCAUUAUCUUGGAUUACGAAACAAUUCUUGACAAACAUUUGGCUUCUUUGAGCCUAGAUACAAGGCUUUCUAUUCAUUAUGUCAUAUCGGUCUUGCAGACUUUUGUACUCAAUUCCGAUGCGUCCUUUAAUUUGAGAAAGUGCUUAUCCAUUGAUAUGGACAACGAUAAGUGUAAAAGGCUAAGUAUGGCUAUUUCUAAAUUAAACAAAGUGAAUCCAUCCAAAAGACAGAUUUUGGAUCCGGAAAUGUAUGCGUUCGAGCGUGAAGGGUCUACAGAUUGGGACAAAACUAUAGAUUUUUACUUGAAGGAGGGAAAGCCAUUUAUUGCCCAAAAGAAAGUUCUUAGUAAGGAUAUAACAUUCAAAAACAACUACUCAUUUUUACAGGAGAUACUUAAACAAUUAAUUCAGGAUGUGCAACUGUUAAGACCUUUGACAACAAAUUUAUUUGACGAUCCUACCAACAUCAAUGACUUUGCCAAGCCAAAAUCCUACUAUCACACUGAUUAUCUGGUAUAUAUUGACUCCGUUAUUUGCCAGGCUUCUACCAUGAGUUCGGAUGCCAAGAGAACUAAAAUGGCAGCACCAUUUUGCAAAAAAGUUUUAAAACAUUCAUUAACGCUAGAAACCUGGAACCACUAUCAGGAUGCCAAAUCUCAGCAAAAACGGUUGCCUGAAACAAUUUUGGAUGAUGUUUGGAAUUCCAAUCCUCAUUUGCUGAUGUAUAUGAUAAACUCGAUCUUAAACAGAAAUAAGUCUAAACCACAUUCCCAGUCUAAGAAACAAUUGUACGAUCAGAUAAGUAAGUUUUUCCAGGAUAACGGGCUUUCAGAGUCAACAAAUCCAUACGUGGUAAAAAACUUCCGUUUGUUGCAGAAACAAUUACAAGCUUACAAAGAACAAAAACAUCGGAAUUUCAACCAACAACAUUUCCAACAACAGCAACAACAACAACAACAGCAACAGCACCAGACUCCCCCACAGGGGUCCAGCUAUGACCCUAAAAAGGACUAUUAUAAAACUCUUGGGGUAACACCUAGUGCUACUUCGAAAGAAAUAAGAAAAGCAUACUUGAAUUUAACCAAAAAAUACCAUCCAGAUAAGAUAAAGGCAAACCAUAAUGACAAAAAAGAGUCCAUUCACGAAACAAUGUCACAAAUUAAUGAGGCAUACGAGGCGUUAAGUGACGACAACAAGAGGAAAGAAUACGAUCUCUCGAGGUCUAAUCCUCAUCGAAACACAUUUGCUCAGGGACCUAGGCAAAGCAUGUUCAAAAACCAAGGGAAUGGAUUUCCAUUCAGAAAUAGUUUCAAAAUGAAUUUUGGUUUCUGA